AUGGACGAGGACGAGGCCAAAGAUGCAGAGGACAGCGAGGAGCAUCCCGCCGCGCAGGAGCCCAAAAACCCCACAGCACACAGCAAAGAGCGACUCGUCCUCUACCACUGGACGCAAUCUUUUGCUUCGCAGAAGGUGCGUCUGGUUAUCUGUGAGAAGGGGCUGGUGUGUGAGGAGCGCGACGUGAGCCUCCCGCUGCAGGAGCACAAAGAGCCCUGGUUCAUGCGGCUGAACCUGGGGGAGGAGGUGCCAGUGUUUCUGCACGGAGACACCAUCAUCAGCGAGUACAACCACAUCAUCGACUACCUGGAGAAUAACUUCACUGGGGAGACCGUGGCUCAGUUGAUCCCGGAGCAGACCUCUCCUCAGUUUGAGCGUGUGCAGCAGUACAGGACGCUGUUGGACGGUUUGCCCAUGGACGCAUACACACACGGCUGCAUCCUGCACCCUGAGCUCACCACUGACUCCAUGAUCCCCAAGUACGCCACAGCAGAGAUACGAAGACAUUUGACCAACGCUGCCACGGAACUGAUGAAGCUGGACCACGAGGAGCCACAGCUAACAGAGCCCUACCUGUCCAAGCAGAAGAAACUCAUGGCCAAAAUAUUAGAUCAUGACAAUGUGAACUACCUGAAGAAAAUUCUUGGAGAAUUAGAAAUGGUUUUAGACCAAGUGGAAGCAGAACUGGAAAAACGGAAAAUAGAAUAUCCAGACAACAAGUGCGAGUUGUGGCUUUGUGGACCUGACUUUACUUUAGCCGACAUUUGCCUGGGCGCCUUGUUGCACAGGCUCAAGUUUUUGGGACUCUCUAAGAAGUUCUGGGAGGACGGCAGCCGGCUCAACCUGCACAUGUUCUUCCUGCGUGUGCAAAAACGAUACGCCUUCCGCAGAGUCCUGGGCGACAUUCACACCACGCUACUCUCCGCCGUGCUGCCAAACGCCUUCCGCAUGGUCAAGAAGAAGCCCCCAUCUUUCUUUGGAGCGUCUUUCCUCAUGGGGUCUCUGGGAGGCAUGGGAUACUUCGCUUACUGGUUUUUAAAAAAGAAAUACAUGUAG